GCUGAUCCGCGAACAGACAUAGUCCCGGCGCAUAAAGUUGAAUCGAUGUCCGAUGACAAAAAGAUCGCGCGCAAGUUGGCAGACACCAAACGUCUAGAAAUAGAUCAUUUUGUUUGCCGCGGCAGUUUGGUUUUCGUGUUCGCGUGCAUUCCAACCUUCGAACCGUGUUUGAGGCAUAUAAAGUCUUUAGAUAGGUACAACAGGUAGUGCCGCCGAGUUCGAUAUAAACGCUUUGGACGCUGAAAAGUUAUAAUAUUGCUGAAAAAUGACGAAAACCACCGAGGAAGCUGGAUACGAUCUCGUCCAAGCUUUAUUGAAAUUUCACGAUGGAACCCACGGUGCCCGAGACCGCAUGGUUCAUAAGCCCGGAUGGAAAAUGCUUUUUAUGAUGCUGAAAUAUUUAAACUGCUACCCGGAAUUAACUUUCUUGCCUUAUCAGUUGACUCCGAUUAUACUGGAAGUACCACCAGAAUAUCGUCAAAUUGUCUUGAAGAAUCCUAUGAUCGUUAGAAGACGAUAUGUAGAAUUAUUACCUAUAAAAUAUGGGUAUCGAGAAUUUUGGAAGACUCAUAUAAACCGUUCGAGGGCAUUGCCUUAUCAAUAUUUAUUGUGGGAAGGCGGUUUCGUACUGAUUGUAUUUUGUUUUUACGCCAUUGGCGAUAAUGUCAUACGUGUAGUAAAUAUCACAAUACAUUUUUCAAAAAAAGACGUACAACCCGAGCCCUUGUGCUAUCAAGAUAAACUCAUGCUGGAAGAGUGUUAUCCACUGGAUACGUUCAAUCCCGGAUUUGCAUUACCCAAACCAAUAUCGAUCAACACGAACAGGUGGACAAUUCUGCGAGAGUUAAAAGAAUCCAGUGACAAAAAAGGCAACGAACUGUUUUUGCUGUCGCUAUCGCCUUUAAUGGACGAAUUGUCUGACGAAGUGCUUACGGACACCAGGCGCAAAAUGUUAGAGCUGUUGGAAGAAGCUAUGAGUUGGAAAAGAAAUUUCGAUCGUUAGAAUGCAGCGGCGAUCGUGUCCUCGUAUUUCAAGACGUGUAUACUCUGUUUAAAUUUAAAAACGUUUGAAAACAUAUUUUUAGUUAUUUAUAAUAAUUAGUAUUAUGUAUACACAUACCUAUUAGUAUGAGUAAGUAUUUAUAUUAUUUUAUAAAACGUUCCCGUUAUUCGAUUGCUUAUUACAGACCUCAUAUUAGUCAUUAUUUAUUUAUUAUAUACACCUAUAAAUAUAAUAUGGGUAACAUUUAAGCUGUAAAAGUCAUGUAGGUACCUAUUUUAAUAAUUGU